AUGGAAGAAACUAUUGCAGAGCUACGACGUCAGCUGGAAGAGGAGAGAAAGGCGCGGGAAGAAGCAGAGCGCCUCCAGGGGGAGGCAGAACGGCGACUCCAACCCAACACCCUGUUCCGCCUCCUCGAUCGCUGCCAUGAAUCUCUGUCUCAAGCGAUCCGAGUCGAGACGGAUGCGACACUCACGACCCAGGGCGACGCGACCGACCCCGUGAACCGACUUUACCCCAAGCGCAUAGUCCCUUGGCCUGACUUUCCACAGCUCCAAGAGCAAGUCUGGAGCAAAUUCGACCGCACCGCAGCCUUUACCUCGCGCCCUCUAUUCCCCUCGGAUACCCAAGUCGAUUACGUCGCGACGAACAUCAUAGAAAGUAACUCGGCCUUGGAUCCCAAACUCAUGGCGAAGAGUUUCAUUGUCUCGCAAAUGUCUCGCUCAAAAUUCCUUCAUGAUACACAGACACCCCAAAGGCCGGCGAACACUAGGCAUGGAAGAGGUAGAGGAAGAGCGAAAGGAGCAGAGCAAAGGCAGAAGCCGGAUGGCACUGCACGAAGACGCAAUCGACGUGCCGACCAAUUUUGCGUGCAUACUGUGGCCGAUGAACGACAAAUACCGGUCUAUACAGUGGAGUUCAAAGCGCCACAUAAAGUGACAAUCCCCGAAUUUGUCGCGGGUCUACACCAAAUGGAUCUGGCCCGGGAUGUCAUUAACCAGGAGGGCGACACAUUUGAAUUCUAUGCCACCCGCCUUGUUGCCGCCGUGGUCACUCAGAUAUUUUCAUAUAUGAUCGAUAGCGGAGUUCGACACGGGUACAUUUGCACGGGAGAGGCUUUUGUUUUCCUCCACAUCCCGAAGGAUGAUCCCACCAUUGUUCAAUUUCUUGCGGACGAUGAGUUACGCCUCCACCGAACCGCCAUCGGCCAGGUUCUUGCGUUCACCCUUCAAGCACUGAUCGCCGAUGCUCCUUCUCAAGAAUAG